ACGAGGACGGGAAAAAAACAUAAUGGAUUCCACGAAAUUCUGAUAAACGAAAAACUGGCGUACGUUUUCUGUAUUUUCUGCUUCUGUGGCGUUUACGUCAAGGAUUGGAAAAAUCUUUCAGUGUACAAAAGGACCAGCACAACGUGGGUCGCUUUUCUUUUCUUCCAUUCCUCACAUUCCAUUGUCUUCUCCCCAGACUUUCUCGCUUUGUCUAUGUUUUGUUCCUCGGUUUUCUCGGUUAAAGUUUCGAGCUUCUCCCAGAAUUUGUCGCUCAGAUAAGUUUUUUCCCGAUAGAAUCACAGUGGGUUGUCAGGUUUGGAUAGUAAUAUCCGUUUGCUUUCGAAUUCGACUUGCGAGCUGGUCAAAAACCAAAAAGAAAAAAAGAAAGAAUUCGGUUUGUGUUGUUCUUCUCUGUGUUUGGAUUCGAGAAAAGCAAAAAAGGGGGAAAAAUCCUUAUUUGCAUUGUCUGUGUUCUGAUUCUCUCAAACUUCAACCAUUCUGACUACUAGAGGACAGCCUAGUCGGUCUCCCGAAGCAGAACUUUCAAGAUUUCCAAGUUUAUUUUCCAAUAUAUGCUAUUGAUUUGCCUGUAUAAAUCUGGUAGCUCUAUCUAUCAUUUAGUUGGCUUUUGAUAUCUGAAGCUUUUCGUCUAUCUUGUCUCUGAAGGACUUGUAUUAGUGGGGUUUGGAUUGGUUAUUAUCUUGUGUAUGCACUUCAAUUGGAAAUUAUCUUUUGUACAGUGUCAAUUUUUUCUGGGUUAGGUUCUUUACUGUUCAAUUUCUGGGUCCAAAUGGGAAACAAAAAGAAGCAAGUUGCGGAAAAAUCAAGUGAUAACAGUGGAAGUCAAAGUAAAGCAGGAGAUAGCAGCUCCAAAGCUUAUGAUAAGGACACUGAGGUAUUUAUUUCCAUGUCUCAAGAGUUAAAGGGUGAAGGGAACAAGCUGUUCCAAAAGAGAGAUCAUGAAGGAGCUCUCAUAAAAUAUGAGAAAGCCAUCAAAUUGCUUCCAAGAAAUCAUAUAGAUGUGUCCUGUCUGAGGAGUUAUAUGGCCGCAUGCUAUAUGCAGAUGGGACUCAGUGAAUAUCCAAGGGCCAUUCAUGAAUGCAAUUUGGCUCUUGAAGUUACUCCAAAGUACAGUAAAGCCCUUUUGAAGAGAGCAAGGUGCUAUGAGGCUUUAAAUAGUCUGGAUUUAGCUCUGAGAGAUGUUAGUACUGUACUGAAGAUGGAGCCAAACAAUAUCAUGGCAUUGGAAAUUUUGGAGAAGGUGAAAAAUACACUUGAGGAAAAGGGGUUAAAAGUAGCUGGUAUGGCAAUUGAGUUGCCUUCUGAUCAUGCUGAACCUCCUUGCGUGCCUCAAGAAGUAGUGAAAGAGAAGAAACGCAAGAAGAGCCGAAAGGUUGAGUCGAUGAAUGCGGAUAAUGUUGGUGUUGAAAAGCUCGCAGAGGAGAAGAUGGAAGACAAGAAAGCAGAGGACAGUUUUGAGAAGAAGAAGGCUGUGAGCAAAUCCAAGGAGAAGUUGGAAGACAAGAAGGCAGAGCACAGUGUUGAGCAGAAGAAGGCUGUGAACAAAUCCAAAAAGAAGGUGGCCAAGGAAAAGUUUGAUGAGAAGAAGGCUGACGAUAUAAAGGAGGUUGUUGAGGAAAAUUUUAAUGGUAGAGAAAAGGAAGAUGCAGCUAAGAAAAUAGUGAAACUUGUUUUUGGUGAGGACAUUAGAUAUGCAGAAUUGCAAGUCAACUGCAGUCUCCAGCACCUAAGGGAAGUUAUCAGUGACCGAUUUCCAAGCCUAGGAGCAGUUCUUGUCAAAUACAGGGAUCAAGAAGGUGAUUUAGUCACAAUCACUUCUGAUGAAGAAUUACGAUGGGCUGAAAGAUCAGCUGGAUCAGAUAGUUCUAUCCGCCUAUACAUAGUGGCUGCCAAUCCUGAGCAGGAUCCAUUGUUUGAGAAAAUUAAUGAAAAGAAGGAGCAAAAGCCUGUCAUUGAUAAUGCACAUGAGAAUGGUUGUGUGGUAAAAGAAGAGGAAAUGAUUAGGUCAUCUUGCAUUGAGGAUUGGAUAAUCCAAUUUGCUCAACUGUUCAAGAACUAUGUUGGAAUUGAAUCUGAUAGAUAUUUAGAUUUUCAUGAACUCGGAAUGAAACUGUAUUCCGAGGCUAUGGAGGAGACAGUUACAAGUGAAGAAGCACAAAGCCUAUUUGACAUGGCGGGAGCUAAGUUCCAAGAAAUGGCAGCUUUAGCAUUGUUCAAUUGGGGAAAUGUUCACAUGUCCAGAGCAAGGAAGAAAGUGAAUUUCACAGAAGAAACUUCUAAUGAGCAUCUGCAUGAACAGAUAAAAAAUUCAUAUGAUUGGGUGCAGCAAGAAUAUAAAAGUGCAGGAGAAAAAUAUGAAGAAGCCAUUAAAAUUAAACCUGAUUUUUAUGAAGGCUUCCUGGCACUUGGGCAACAGCAGUUUGAGCAAGCAAAACUUUCUUGGUAUUAUGCAAUUAGCGUGAAUGUUGAGUUAGCAACAUGGCCAUCUACCGACAUUCUUCAACUUUACAACAAUGCUGAGGAAAACAUGGAGAAAGGAUUGCAGAUAUGGGAAGAAUCAGAAGAGAGAUGCUUGGAUGGAGAUUCUCAAUCAAAGGAUAUCAAAUUACAUAUACGGAAUAUGGGAUUGGAUUGCCCAGUGCAAAAUAUAUCAUCAGAAGAAAUUGCAGCUCAGGCAGCAACUUUGAGGUCCCAAAUAAAUAUCCUUUGGGGUACCAUGCUAUAUGAGCGUUCAAUCAUGGAAUUCAAAUUAGGGCUGCCAGUAUGGCACGAAUGUCUUGAAGUUGCAGUUGAGAAGUUUGAACUUGCUGGAGCUUCUCCAACGGAUAUAGCUGUAAUGUUGAAGAACCACUGUUCAAAUAAUACUGCUGCAGAAGGUCUAGGAUUCAACAUUGAUGAAAUAGUACAAGCUUGGAAUGAGAUGUAUGAAGCUAGAAGGUGGCAGAGUCAAGUUUCAUCGGUUCAUUUGGAACCCUUAUUCAGAAGGCGAGCUUCAAAAAUUUAUCAUGCCUUAGAGCUUGCAUGAUUUUCUCCCUAUUCUCCACGUUGAUGGGCAACAACAAAGCCAAUACUAACGUAGCUGUUGCAUGCUUGGAUUGCUGUUUUGUCAUAGAAAGAUUUUUCUCUUGUCACUUACAGGAGUUGAGUCAAUUUUAUAUCUAUAGAAAGGAGCUAUUCUUUGCAGUGCACUUAGGUGUUCCAUUUCCAAGAACGUAAGAGUUCUUUGUCUUGCAUGACACUUUGGGAAGAAUAUGGAGUUAUAGCAACUUAUAUUUAGUUACUACAAGUGUGGAAACACGACAAAUGGUUGUUCAUGUUUCCAAACAGGUCUUUAGUUUUUGCUUUACGUGCAUUGACUUCUGUAGUUCUGUUGGAGUGUCAGUUUUUAAUGAUUAGGAUAUUAAUGUUGUACCAAAAGCAGUUAAGAGAUUCGCUUGCCUUCUAGUUCUGUAAGUUAUCAAGUUGUAACUUUUCAUUAAGUCAUUGUUUCUAGUUAUUUUUUGUUGUCUGUAUACAGUAUUAUAAUGUCAUUCCACUAUUGGCAAACUCAAUUAAAGUGGCUUUUCAAAGAUGCCUUUCUACA